GCGCGUUAAGCGAACAAUAGGGAAACCAGAAGUGUUUCGGACGCGGUCGUGUUCGUAUAGUGUUGCCGUAUACUUUUUUCCCCCGUAUUGCCUCGCGUGAACGUGUAUACAUUUUUGUUGGACGUAUCGGAGGUGACAUAGAUUCCGGACGAUGUGCGUGGUCAAGUGACGGUACGCGGAUUUUACACUGAAGUGCGCCGAAGUGUUGGUUCUCUGUAGUGUGUGCGCCCGGGUCCCGAUGAGUGUGUGUCUACCCGAUGUGUGUGGAUAAAAUUCACGGCGUCAUGCUGCCACGACGAAAAUUGGAUUACGCAGCGAUGGCGUGUUUUCUCCUGCCUCUGUUUAUGCUCGUCUCGUUCCCUGCGGUGUCCGGUUUUGUGUCGUGUUCGCCGAGUCCCUGCAAGAACGGAGGAGUCUGUGUGUCGUCGCCGCGCGGCGAGUCGCAUUGCAAAUGCACGUCGAAGUACGUGGGGGAGUACUGCCAACAUCUGAACCCGUGUCACACGGGGCCACGGUGCCAGAACGGCGGCUCGUGCAGGGUGAAGGAAAGUAGCGGCGGUGGCACACCUUCGUUCGCCUGUUCCUGCCCUGUCGGAUUUACCGCCAGCCUCUGCGAGAUACCCAUCGAGAACGCAUGCGACUCAUCGCCGUGUCUGAACGGUGCCACGUGCAAUCUGAAAUCGCUCCGUGAAUACGUUUGCACCUGCGCCACUGGAUACACAGGCGAGCACUGCGAACGACAAGACCACUGCGCCUCGUCGCCUUGUCGAAACGGAGCCGAGUGUCUCUCGCUGGAGGACAGCUACAAGUGCACGUGUGCACCCGGCUUUACGGGGCCGAAUUGCGCGGACGACAUCGACGAAUGCGACAGGAACCCGUGCAGACACGGCUCCUGCAAGAACAUUCACGGAUCGUACAAAUGCAUGUGUUCGAGCGGAUACACUGGCCAGAAUUGCGAGAACGAGUACAUCCCCUGCGACCCAUCGCCGUGUAAAAAUGGCGGCACGUGUCAUCAGAUCGACGGUUUGGAUUACGAGUGCAUCUGUCCCGAGGGCUUCCGCGGUGACCAGUGCGAGGAGAACAUUGACGACUGUCCUGGAAACUUGUGCCAGAACGGCGCAACCUGCAUGGACAGGAUAAACGAGUACUCGUGCCUCUGUCCACCGUCGUACACGGGCACGCAGUGCGAGCUGGACGUCGACGAGUGUUCGGUCCGGCCUUCGUUGUGCCAUAACGGCGCCACGUGCACCAAUUCACCCGGUAGUUAUUCGUGCAUAUGCGUGAACGGCUGGACCGGGCCCGACUGCAGCGUCAACAUCGACGACUGUGCAGGCGCUGCCUGCUUCAACGGCGCAACCUGCAUCGACCGCGUCGGUAGCUUCUACUGUCAGUGCACAUACGGCAAGACGGGAUUGCUCUGCCAUCUCGACGACGCUUGCACGUCGAACCCUUGCCACGAGGGCGCGAUCUGCGAUACAAGCCCGAUCAACGGCUCGUUCGCGUGCUCCUGCGCCACCGGGUACAAGGGGGUCGACUGCUCCAACGACAUCGACGAAUGCGAACAGGGAUCGCCCUGCGAGCACGAUGGUAUUUGCGUGAACACGCCCGGCUCGUUCGCCUGCAACUGCGCUCAGGGAUUCACGGGGCCGAGAUGCGAGACAAACGUGAACGAAUGCGAGUCCCACCCCUGUCAGAACGACGGCUCGUGUCUCGACGAUCCUGGCACCUUCCGUUGCGUCUGCAUGCCUGGUUUCACCGGGACCCAGUGCGAGAUCGACAUCGACGAAUGCGCGGCGAAGCCGUGCCUGAACGGUGGCGUUUGCACCGACCUGAUCAACUCGUUCAAAUGCAACUGCGCGAACGGAUUCGCCGGCUCUCACUGUCAGAUCAACAUAGACGACUGCGCCUCGUCGCCGUGCAAGAACGGCGGCGUCUGUCAGGACUCGAUAGCCAAAUACACGUGCGACUGCCCGCCAGGAUUCACCGGUGCCUCCUGCGAAACCAACAUCAACGACUGCCAGUCGAAUCCCUGUCACAGCGGCAGCUGCAUCGACGGCGAGAACAGCUUCAGCUGCAACUGCUUCCCGGGAUUCACCGGGAAGCUGUGUCAAACGCAGAUCGACGAGUGCGAGAGCAAUCCGUGCCAAUUCGGCGGGAGGUGCGAGGAUCGUAUCAACGGCUACCAGUGCAUUUGCAGGCCUGGUACAUCCGGGACCAACUGCGAGGUGAACGUGAACGAAUGUUACAGCAAUCCGUGUAGAAACGGGGCGAGGUGCAUCGACGGUAUCAACAGGUACUCGUGCGAGUGCGAGCCAGGCUUCACCGGUUCACACUGCGAAACGGAUAUCAACGAGUGCGCCAGCAAUCCCUGCGCGAACGGCGGACGGUGCAUAGAUUUGAUAAACGGCUUCCGGUGCGAUUGUCCCCGCGGCUACUACGACGCCAGAUGUUUAAGCGACGUGGACGAGUGCGCCAGCAAUCCUUGCGUGAACAGCGGCACUUGCGAGGACGGCGUCAACCAGUUCAUCUGCCACUGUUUGCCCGGCUACGGUGGCAAGAGAUGCGAGGCGGACAUCGACGAGUGCGGCUCGAAUCCGUGCCAGCACGGCGGCACUUGCAACGACCAUUUGAACGGUUACAGUUGCAAGUGCCUGGCCGGAUACGCCGGCACCAACUGCGAGACGAACAUCGACGACUGCGCCAACAAUCCGUGCCAGAACGGCGGCUCUUGCAUCGACCUCGUCAACGAUUACAAAUGCGUUUGCGAGUUACCGCACACCGGCAGGAACUGCGAGGACAAGCUGGACCCUUGUUCCCCCAACAAGUGUCUCCACGGUGCCAAGUGUUCACCGUCCUCGAAUUUCCUCGACUUUGCCUGCACUUGCACGGUCGGCUACACCGGCCGACUCUGCGACGAAGACGUGGACGAGUGUAUAAUGACCUCUCCGUGCAGAAACGGCGCCACUUGCCGAAACACCAACGGCUCGUAUCAGUGCCUUUGCGCGAAGGGAUACGAGGGUCGUGAUUGCAUCAUCAACACCGACGACUGCGCUUCCUUCCCCUGCCAGAACGGUGGCACUUGCCUGGACGGCAUCGGCGACUACACCUGCCUCUGCGUGGACGGUUUCAGCGGGAAACACUGCGAGAUUGACGUGGACGAAUGUCUGUCACAACCGUGUCAGAACGGCGCGAUUUGCAAAGAGUACGUAAACUCGUACACGUGCCAGUGUCAGCUCGGAUUCUCCGGCAUAAACUGUCAGACCAACGACGAGGAUUGCACCGACAGUAGCUGCAUGAACGGCGGUAAAUGCAUCGACGGAAUCAACAACUAUACCUGCGUCUGCAAGCCCGGUUACACCGGCUCGAACUGCCAGUAUCGCAUCAACGAGUGCGACAGUUUACCUUGCCUGAACGGUGCCACGUGUCACGACCACGUUCAGUAUUACACUUGCCACUGCCCUUACGGAUAUACCGGGGCCAGAUGCGACCAGUACGUGGAUUGGUGCGCGGACAGCCCCUGCGAGAAUCAAGCCACCUGCGUUCAGCACAAGAACAAGUAUCAGUGUAACUGUUCGCCUGGCUGGACCGGCAAGGUCUGCGACGUGGAGAUGGUUUCCUGCAAGGACGCGGCUAUAAGGAAAGGAGUGCCCGAGAAAAAUCUGUGUAACAACGGCACGUGCGAGGACAUCGGCAACAGUCAUCGUUGCCACUGCCUGGAAGGGUACACGGGUUCCUACUGUCAGAAGGAAGUGAACGAGUGCGACUCGGCCCCCUGUCAGAACGGCGCCACUUGCAAGGACCUCGUUGGUUCUUACCAGUGUCAGUGCACAAAAGGCUUCCAAGGGCAGAACUGCGAGCUCAACGUGGACGACUGUAGGCCGAAUCCUUGCCAGAACGGCGGCACAUGCCACGAUCUUAUCAGCAACUUUAGCUGCUCUUGCCCUCCCGGCACGUUGGGCUUCAUAUGCGAGCUGAACGUGGACGACUGCGCUGUCGGCACUUGUCACAACAAUGGGACAUGCACCGACAAGGUCGGCGGCUUCGAAUGCAAAUGCCCGCCAGGCUUCGUGGGGCCUAGAUGCGAGGGCGAUAUCAACGAGUGCCUGUCCAAUCCGUGCGCAUCGCCGGGUACUCAGGAUUGCGUGCAGCUAGUCAACAACUAUCACUGCAACUGCAAGCCCGGCUACAUGGGACGCCACUGCGAGGUGAAGGUGAACUUCUGCGACAGCUCGCCGUGUCAGAACGGCGGCGUUUGCACCGCGAAGCAGGCUGGACACACGUGUCUCUGUCCAAGCGACUAUUACGGGAACAACUGCGAGUUCGCCGGUUCCUAUUGCGACCGGGAGCCUUGCCUGAACGGCGGUACCUGCAGAGUGGUUGAAACAGAGAUCGGGUACAGAUGUUACUGCCCGCCGGGAACAACUGGGACGCACUGCGAGAUAGAUUCCAGGGACGAGUGCGCCAGCAAUCCCUGUCAACAGCCCAACGCCGUUUGCAAGAAUCUGCUUGGCGACUACGCUUGCGACUGCCCGCCGAAAUGGACCGGGAAGAACUGCGAAAUUUACGAUCCCAACUACGGCGGCGGUAUCUUUGGCAGCCCGAACUCGAACAUCCCGAAGACUAUGAACGCGUACGAUCUCGAUCUGGAGAUGGAGAGGAAGAAAUGCAUCGAGAACAGAUGCGAGGAGAAGUCUGGCAACCACCACUGCGACGAGGAGUGUAACAGAUACGCUUGUAACUUUGACGGGAACGACUGUUCCUUGGGUAUCAAUCCGUGGCGCAACUGCACCGCUCCCAUCAACUGUUGGGACGUGUUCAUGAACGACGUUUGCGACGAGGUUUGCAACAACGCCCAGUGCUUGUUCGACGGGAGAGACUGCGAAAGGAAAUUGGCACCUUGCAAUCCCAUCUAUGACGCCUACUGUCGCAAACACUACGCCAACGGAUACUGCGAUUACGGCUGCAACAACGAGGAAUGCAAUUGGGACGGUCUGGACUGCGACAGAGAACCACCGUCGUUGGCAGAGGGUGUGAUCUCGGUGGUAGUCAGGAUGGACAUGCAAACGUUCCGCUCGAACGUGGUCGCGUUCCUGCGAGACAUCGGCCACGAAUUAAGAACCACUCUGAGAGUGAAGCAAGACGAGCUCGGCAACGACAUGAUAUACCCGUGGAAGAGGGAAAGGGAGCACGGUUUGCAGACCAACAUCUUUGGCCGACCAACCACCAUCUACACCAACACUCAGAGUGGCGUGAUCGCCUAUCUGGAGAUUGACAAUAGAAAAUGUACCGUCACCCAAGGUGCGGUGUGCUUCCCAUCGGCCAACGAAGCGGCGGAAUAUCUAGCAGCCACCGCGUCCAAGCAUUCCUUGUCCCGAAACUUCCCCAUCGAGCAGGUGCGGGGCGUGGUUGGGCCACAGGGUCCAGAGUACCCGGACGCGCCGACCAACUACAAGUACGUUUUCAUCGGCAUCGUCAUCGUGGUGCUCGGAGGGAUGUUGGUCGGCGUGUUGGUCACAGCGCAAAGGAAACGAGCGGUGGGCGUCACUUGGUUCCCGGAGGGAUUCUUGCGCACCAGCAGCGGAAGCGGUCAGCGUCGCAGAUCGAGAAGACGAGGCCCGGACGGCCAAGAAAUGAGGAACUUGAACAAACAACCGUCGGUGAAUUGCAUGGACUUGGAUGUUGGGAAUGGGAGAGCGCAACAGUGGUCGGACGACGAGUCGGAUUUACCGCCGUCGAAGAGAAUGAGGGCGAUAGAGCCUGGAUACGCCAGCGAUCAUACCGCCAUUACAGAUUACGAGGAGACGGAGCCUCGAAUGUGGACUCAGCAGCACCUGGACGCAGCAGAGAUUCGCAGACCAGACGCUGGAGUGUUGACACCGCCCAGUCUCGAGCACGGUCAAGACGUGGACCCGAGAGGACCCUGCGGGAUGACACCGUUGAUGGUCGCUGCUGUACGAGGCGGGGGAUUAGACACCGGGGAAGAGGAGGAUGAAAGCGACGGGACAGCGGCUGUGAUCGCCGAUCUGGUCGCCCAGGGUGCAGAUCUGAACGCAACCACGGACAAGAGCGGCGAGACGUCUCUUCACCUGGCGGCUAGAUACGCCAGAGCUGACGCAGCGAAGAGACUCCUCGAUGCUGGCGCCGACGCCAACUCCCAGGACAACACCGGUAGAACGCCUCUUCACUCUGCCGUCGCUGCUGACGCGAUGGGUGUCUUCCAAAUACUGCUGAGGAACAGAGCGACGAAUCUGAACGCCCGUAUGCACGACGGGACCACGCCGCUGAUACUCGCUGCCCGUCUGGCUACCGAAGGUAUGGUGGAGGAUCUCAUCAACGCUGACGCCGACAUCAACGCGGCUGACAACAGUGGGAAAACGGCCCUCCAUUGGGCCGCCGCUGUUAACAACGUAGACGCUGUGAACAUACUUUUGGUACACGGCGCGAACAGAGACGCGCAGGACGACAAAGACGAGACGCCGUUGUUCCUCGCCGCCAGGGAGGGCAGUUUCGAAGCGUGCAAAGCGUUGCUCGACACUUUUGCCAACCGAGAGAUCACCGACCAUAUGGAUCGAUUGCCGAGAGACGUUGCCAGCGAGAGACUGCAUCACGACAUCGUCCGAUUGCUGGACGAACACGUACCAAGAUCGCCGCAGAUGGUGAACGUGAUACCGAACGGUCCUCUAAUGGGCUCGCCGAAUCACCCGCAGCUCAUCACACACCCGACUGUGAUCGGUUCCGCUCCGAAGCAAGCCAAGUCGAAGAAACGGCCGAAAACCGGCGCCACGGGGAAUCCAAACAGCCCCGAGUCGGAGGCCGGUGUCGUGGUGGUGAGGCGAAAACCGUCGGUGAAGAAGCCACCGGCGAAACGCGGUGCUCAGCCCCCAAACCAGGAGAUCCCUCAGGGCGCGGAGGGUGCGGAGGGAAACUUGCCGAGCCCGUACGACAGCGCGAGUUUGUACAGCAACGCGCUUCCGUUGGUGAGCCACACGGCCACCGCGAAACAACCACCGCCGUACGAGGACUGCAUAAAGGGGCAAUCGAUGCAGGGCCUUCAACAGCUGGGCCUGGACACGUUCACGACCAAUUACGGGUUGCCUAAUUUUCACGACCAACUGCUAGCGUCGCAUCAACGACAAGCGCAGGGGAUGGUGAACACGUUGUCGCCGCCGUACAGCAAUCAGUCGCCACCGCACUCGGUCCAGUCGAACAUGACCCUUUCGCCGCAGGCGAGUUACAUGGGCUCGCCGUCCCCGGCGAAAAAUAGGCCCUCGUUGCCUACAUCGCCCACCCACAUCGCCGCGAUGAGACAAGCGACGCAUCAGAAACACGGUGGCAUGCCACCGGUGGGAUUCGACUUUGAGAAUCUGCCCUAUUCGUCGAGUCAGCAGCAGCAGCAGCAGCAGCAGCAGCAGCAACAGCAGCAACAGCAACAGCAGCAGAUGCAACAGACGCAGCAGCAGAUUCAACAGCAACAGCAACAGCAGCAGCAGCAGCAGCAACAACAGCAGAGUACUCAACAGCAGCAGCAACAGCAACAACAACAGCAACAGCAGCAACAGUACUACCAGUAUUUGACGCCCCCUUCCCAUCAUUCCGGACCGGACGUGACGCCGCAGCAUUUGAUGCAAGCACCGGAGAGCUUCCCCACGCCGUCCCCGGACAGUCCAGGCCACUGGUCCUCCAGUUCGCCGCACUCCAACAGCGACUGGUCCGAGUGCAUGGCGUCGCCGAACGCGUACGGUGCCGGGGCCAACCACCAAAGUAACAAAGGCUCCGAGGCAAUCUAUAUAUGAAGACGGCGGUGCUCUCUAGCUCGCGCGAGUAAGUCAUAAAAAAACGUGACCAUGGCGCACGCGCGCGCGUCAACUGUGAUUUGGCUCGUCGAGUUCGAGGGCGAUUUUCGCCGAUAUUCUCUUUCUUUUUCCACAGGGUGGCCCGUAUCUCCCGUUGGAGACGGGAUCACCGCAACGACGAACGCUCUCUCGUGAGGUGGACGGUGCGCGGAUCGUUUUACAUCCCGCGAAAUGUCACGUUCUGUGGAUGUUUGACGAACGCGUAACACCGCUGCUACAGCUCUAUAUAUAUAAAUAUUUAUGAAUAUAAAUAUAGAUGAUAUAUGUAUAUGUACGGAGGAGAAUAUUCUUGUUCUUUAGAUGGUGAAUAUAUUAUACGCAGAUGCUAGCUCGCACGCUGUUUACAAUAAAUCGUUCAACGAUCGUGCCUUUUCCCGGAGAAUCUGUAUAACGAUUCGGCAGCAACGACGCCCCGUGAUCAAGAUGUUAGUUAGACGACAUACUCUAUGCAACCUGUUCGUGCAUCGUGGCUCAACGAAUAAUGGUGCCUUCGACUUGCCACAGUGUGAAGACCCGUUUUCUUUCUCUUCUUCUUCUUCUUUUUCUUUUCUUUUUUUUUCUCUCUCUCUCGAAAUAAUAACAAUAAGGAACGAAACCUUGCUAUCUACAAUAGUAUUGUACAUAAGACAACAUAAAACACGGAAAGAAUCACAGCGUCGCACGCUGGUCAAGUAGCUUGUUCGAUAGGGACCACUAUAGAGUGUAAUAUGUAAUAUUCUAUUUAAAUUUAAAUGCAACGCAUAAUACUUUCUACGUACGGAAGAGAAACAUAUACGGACAAUCGACGUGCGUUGCACAAGCUCCGAUCAUCAUCGCGAGGCACUCUGUUCUUCGAUACCUGCAACGAUAUGUCGCACAGAAGCAGAAGAGAAGAGGGACUUCGGUGGGAGGAAAGUCGAGAAUCGUAUAAUUCGUGCCUUCGAAUAAUCGUAGAGUAUAAGAAGAAUUUUUUUUUUGUUUUUUUUUUGCGUAGAUAAAUUUAUUAAAUUAUGUGUAGGUGUCUUGACGAAACGCAGCGUUUCCAAAUGGCCUUUAAUACCGAUUAACAAACAUGAGAUAUACUUUUAAAUGUAAGAUAGAAAGAAGUGUAAACGUAAACUUUUGUACGGUGGUCGACAGGAGCCUCAGAGAAAUCGUCUUCACCCCGCGAAACGGAUCGUUCCAUACGCAGACAUUCCAUUUGAACAACGCUAUUCUUCUCUUUGUCUUUUGUUUUUUUCUUUUUUCUCUCUCUCUCUCUUCUCUCCUUUUUGGAAGUAUGUAUCUUGCCUUCUUCUCUCCAACGCGAUGAAUAUCCGUAUAAAUUUCUUUUUUUUCCCCAAGAUCAAUCAAAUUUGCGGGUAUCGUCCGACUCUAUUUCGUUUUUAUUAUCUAACGGGCUCUAGCAUAAUCGUUAAUCGUUUGACUUACCUUUUAAAAAGCGCACGCGACGUAAAUGUUAAAUUAAAUUAAGCUAACAGAGAACGGGCGGUAAGACGAUUCGCUGGCCUCUCUCAUCUGCCAAAGCCAAAACGAGAGAGUUUUCUUCUAGAUGAAAAAGGAAAAAAGGGGGGAAAAAAAACAAGAAAAUGCGUGAUCAGAUCUGCUGGUACGUGCGCAUAAUAGGAUUAGAUUAAUUAAUCGUAGAUUGUUACGAGAGAAAAGAAGCAAUUAUCGCCGAUACCUCGUGGGAAAUGAUACUUUGUAACCGCGCUUCUAGCGACAUGAAUUUACCGAAAAAUUCAGGACAAUCGCGUCCUGAACUCUUGCUUGUUUGUUCCUUUUCUGUUUUUUUUUUCUUUUCGCUUUUUCUCUAUACGGAAAAUUUGUAAAUAUUCUUACAACAUUCGCACUGCUGUUCGCCAUCCUAUCCACUCGUCCAGUCUUUACAUAUCCAGUACUUCUUACAUAAUUCUCUUUUCUCUCGAUUUUGUACAAAACUGUUUUUAUAUAAUUCUUUUUUUUUAUAUUAUGUAAGCUAGGUUAUCGAGUGUAGUUUCGUAAGGCGAUUCUUCAUAUAGUAUAUAUAUAUAUAUAUAUAUAUAUCGUAAGGCGAUUCUUCAUAUAGUAUAUAUAUAUAUACAAUAAAAUACCUAAUGUUUCCUUUUUAUCGUAUCACAUUAUGAUGACUCAUAGAGUAGGGGAAAAAAUAUAAAUAUAUAUACAUAGAUAUAUAUAUAUAUAUUUUUUUCUGUAUAUGUAAUUGAUUGUUGCGCAAAAGAGGAUCGUCAAGCACGCGCUCAUGCCCUUCAAUACAAUUAUCUCGAACCGCAUGUACACACGUGGUGGUGUGACGGAGCUUCUUCUCAAGCAUCGGGACAUGAUGUAGCUUUCGCGAAAUCUACGAUGCUCCUAAAUAGAAACAUUUUUUUUUCUUUUUUAUUUAUAUAUAAAAAAAUAUAUAUAUAUAUGUAUACAUAAAAUGUUUGUAUCUUCACACGACUGCCUUUGUAUUUGUUAAAGCCACGAGAAGUCUGCCAAAUAGCGAGAUAAUGAAAAAUAUCAAGAGAUGUUGUGUCGAUAUACUUCUUCUAUAUAUUUUUUUUUUUCUUUUUAGAAUACUCCAUUGUAAAAGAUCGUACACGUGCUCAGACAAUAAUAAAGGUGAAUUUCAACGAAUGCGGUAGAUGUUUAUUCCGGUCAACAAAAUUGGCAUUUCAGUUGGAGAUAAAUCGUCGAGAAAUGGGGGGAAAAAAGGGAGAUUAAAUGUGAAAGUCGAAGAUUGUUAGACGAAUGUAAUCAUUGUUAUGUGUGUUCAAAAAUGAAGACGACAUCUCAUUUCGAGACGGGACGCCACGACGCACCGACUUUUCACUGUGUUAAGCGAGAAAACAAGAAAAAAACAAAGCGACGACGAACUUGCGAGAGAGAGAGAGAGAGAGAGAGAGAGAGAGAGAGAGAGAGAGAGAAAGACGAAUAGAUUGUAAUACACACUCCAAUUUUGCAGUUUAUCUACUGAUAAGUUAGAGAAACUUCCAAUCACUAUGAUAGAUCUUGUUAUUCCUUUGUAACUUGUAAAAAGUACUGAGUUUUAUUAGUAUUAACUAUUCUAUAAACUGAGGAUUCGUUCGAUCCUAUUAUAUCCUGCUUUCCCUUAUCCCCCCCCCCCCGGAUAGUCUCGGAUCCUCAUAUUUUUUAUAAAUAAGUUAUGUCUUUGAAACAGAUGUAAUAAUAAAGAUAAUCUAACAUUCACAAUAGGGUUGUUCUUCUCUUUUAUCGUGCUCUGUGCUAUCCGCGUUUUACUCCUUAAUGAUGUAAACAUAGAUAUGUUCUCUCUUCUUUUCUAUUUUUUUUUUCUUUUUUUAGUAUAUUACAACAGAUUUUACACAACAAUCAAAUUGUAUUAUAGCAAUAAAAAAUAAAAAUAUCUGAAAAUUU